AUGAACGGCACCAAUGGCCACCACGCCAACGGCGAUUUGAACGGCUGCGGGGACAUUUUGACGCAAAAUCAGCAGAAGGGAUGUUGGACGAUAGGUCUCAUCAACUCCAAAUUCCGCUACCUCACUGCCGAAACUUUCGGUUUCAAGAUAAACGCUAAUGGCACCUCUCUUAAGAAGAAACAGAUCUGGACCUUGGAGCCUGAUUCUGCAACUGCCGGAGAAAGCCUGAUCUACCUGAAAUCCCACCUGGGAAAAUACCUGGCAGUCGAUUCAUUCGGCAACGUUACUUGCGAAAAUGAGGAAAAGGAAGCCGGAAGUCAGUUCCAGAUCAGCGUGGCCGAGGACGGAAGUGGCAAGUGGGCAUUUAAAAACGUCGUAAGAGGAUACUUUUUGGGCGCUUCUUCCGAUAAACUUACCUGUACUGCCAAGGUACCUGGUGCAGAAGAAUUUUGGCACGUGCAUUUGGCCGCCAGACCACAAAUGAACCUGAGGUCGGUAGGACGCAAGAGGUUCGCGCAUUUGUCCGAAAACUUGGAUGAAAUUCACGUUGACGCCAACAUCCCUUGGGGAGAAGAUACUCUUUUCACCUUGGAGUUCAGGCAGGAUGAAUCCGGGAAAUACGCCAUCCACACUUGCAACAACAAAUAUCUUUCUUUGUCUGGAAAACUUCUCGAUACAUGCAACAAAGACUGCCUGUUUACUGCUGAAUACCACAGCGGUGCUUUAGCUUUACGGGACCGCACCGGAGCCUACUUGGCUCCGAUCGGUUCCAAAGCCAUCCUGAAAACUAGAUCCAACACAGUCACCAGAGAUGAGCUCUUCUCUUUGGAGGAUUCUCUACCGCAAGCCAGUUUCGUGGCCGCAUUGAACUCCAGAUUUGUUUCCGUCAAACAAGGUGUUGAUGUUACUGCCAAUCAAGACGAAAUUUCCGACCACGAAACCUUCCAACUGGAAUACGAUUGGAGCACAAAAAGAUGGUACAUCCGUACGAUGCAGGAUAAAUACUGGACCCUUGAAACCACCGGAGGAAUCCAGGCGGCUUCAGAAAAGAGAUCAUCGAACUCCUUGUUCGACUUGGUCUGGCAAAACGACGGUUCCGUAGUGUUCCGUGCUAACAAUGGCCGUUAUGUGAUCACCAAACGUUCCGGGCAUCUUUUCGCCACAUCUGACGCUAUCGAUGACAAUUGCAAGUACUUCUUCUACUUGGUGAACCGCCCCAUUUUGGUGCUCAAAUCGGAACAAGGCUUCGUCGGAUACAAAUCCCAGAGCAGCACCAAGCUGGAGUGCAACAAGGCCAACUACGAGACGAUACAGGUGGAGAGAGGCGAAAAAGGGGUGGUCUACUUUAAAGGUCAAAACAGCAAGUACUGGCACUGCGACAGUGAGACUAUAAACGCCGAUUCGGACACCCCUGAAGGCUUCUACUUGGAGCUGAGGGAGCCCACAAGACUUUGCAUCAAGUCUGCCAACGGAAAUUACCUGGCGGCAAGCAAAAAUGGUUCCUUCAACCUUGGAGGUACCUCGGUCGAAACCGCCACCCAAUGGGAGUACUAA